ACUAAACAUUGACAGUACAAUGAUCAGGGUGCCUGUAAGUCCGUGGUUCCUGCGCCUUCAACGGCCGAAAGGUCCUUGCUCUCCCCCCACGGGGACUGGGGUGGGGAGCGUUCAUAGGCGGUUUACCACUGCGACUGUUGCAGAAACAACUAAUCGGCGGCUGGACCUUCGGGGCAUCUAUCCGCCCCUGGCCACCCCCUUCACCUUGCAAGGAGAGGUGGAUUACAUCCGGUUGGAGGAGAACCUGCGCCUCUAUGCGGGGAUUCCCUUCCGAGGUUUUGUGGUGCAGGGUUCCAAUGGGGAAGCUCCUUAUUUGACACAACAGGAACGUCUGGAAGUGGUGAGACGGGUGCGCCAAGCUGUGCCCAAGGAAAAGCUCCUGCUUGCUGGGACUGGAUGUGAAUCAACCCAGGGCACUAUUGAGAUGACAGCACAGAUGGCUGAUAAGGGUGCAGAUGCCGCCCUUGUAGUGACUCCUUGCUACUUCCGGGGAAGCAUGACCAGUGCAGCCUUGAUGCAUCAUUACAAGCAGGUCGCUGAAGCAUCUCCAAUCCCUGUGAUACUCUACAGCGUCCCGGCCAAUACAAAUCUGGAGCUGCCCAUCGACACAGUGCUCAGCUUAGCACAACACCCCAACAUUGUGGGGAUCAAGGACAGUGGUGGCAAUAUCACCCGCCUCGGACUGCUUGUACACAAGACCCAGCAGGAGGACUUCCAGGUACUGGCAGGAUCAGCUGGUUUUCUGCUGGCCAGUUACAUUGUAGGUGCUGCUGGAGGGAUCUGUGCCCUUGCCAAUGUGCUUGGUACUCCUAUCUGUCAGCUUGAGCAUCUGUGCUGUGCUGGAAGCUGGGAUGAGGCCCGUGCACUACAGCACCGACUCAUUGAGCCAAACAUUGCAGUGACACGUAAGUUUGGGAUCCCAGGCCUCAAGCAGGCCAUGGACUGGUUUGGUUACAAUGGAGGCUUCUGUCGUUCCCCUUUGCUCCCACUGAGUGAGAUGCAAGCGAUGGAGUUGCGUCAGGAUUUCAGCUCCAACGGCUGGCUGUGAAAGACAAAGCAGCUCCAAGCAAUGCUUGGAACCUUGAAAUGGGCAGUAGGCCUGUUGCAAUCUUAGGCAUCAGACUUCAUGCCUUGCUACUUACUAAAAUACACCUUAUUCAUCUACAUUGAAUGUUCAUUGGCAUGUUUGAAAGCUUAAUUAUUAUACUAGCACUGAAACACAGUAACUAAGAUGCUAGAAGUCUUUAAAUUGGCAGGGCUGCUUCUCGUGGUAAGACAGUAGCCCAGCAUUCCAUUCCCUGACUAGUAAGCACUUUUUAACAGGGAAAAUGCUUUAUUUCAUACAA